AUGGCGCCGGUCGUGACAGCGGUCCAGCCGCCUUCUGUCGCGUCCAAAAUCAAGCGCCCCGUACCCCCCGGCAUCCAAACCAACGGAGCAAGCUCAAUCCGAUCAUCACCCUCGCCUUCGAUGUCGACUAAGAAGCCCCCAAACUCCGCGACGACGAAUGGCGCGAACCCACAAUCAGCGCGACCCGCUAAUCGCACGCGCCGCGAGCCGUCGACUCAAGCCAGUCGCAUCUCGAGGAACAGCGUAGGAUUGCGGUCAGCAUCUCUCGCGGCUGAUAUGGCCUCUGCCCAAGCUGUGGAGCCGCCGCCAUACAGUCAGUCACUUCUCGAGCCUCCUCGAGUCCUAUGA